AUGAAUAACACCACCACCUCCGAUCCAAAUUCCGGCACCGGCUGGUUCCUCGGAUCGGAACAAGCCGGAGGAUUUGACUACGCCGUUGGUGUUUCAGGUGGAAUUGUCCUCUUCUUUGCAACUAUCACAAUGAUUUCAUAUUUUUGUACUAGAAAUCAAACACCAACAAUAAAUCGCGACGAACAACAUUGUGUGGUGGAAAUGGGGAUUGAUGAGGCAACACUUUUGAGUUAUCCUAUGUUGUUAUAUUCAGAAGCUAAGGUCAAUUAUAAGGACUCAACAGCUAGUACUUGUUUUUCCAUAUGUUUAGCAGAUUACAAGGACAAUGACAUGCUUAGGUUGUUGCAAGAUUGUGGACAUUUGUUUCACUUGAAAUGUGUGGAUCCUUGGCUUAUGUUGAAUCCAAGUUGUCCAAUUUGUAGAACUUCACCAUUGCCAACACCAUUAUCCUCUCCUUUGGCUGAGGUUGUUCCUUUGGCUUCUAGACCUUCAGGAUUGAUGUUGCAUGCUUAG